UCCAACAAACUCCUACUCACUCCGUUUCUCUUCGUAAUUUUUACUUAACUUGUCCCUGACGGGACAAAUUAUUUUUUCAGAACGAUGUUGUCAAUGUCGUGGAUGGUGGUUGUAUUCCUUGGUGUAAUUAGCCAAGGGACAAGUCAUCAUGUAGCAAAGGAUUUGAAGAAUGCGAUGGAGGUGAUUUACGAGUGGAAAUAUAUUAAUUUUGUUCCCAAUAACGGAGAAGAAUCCUCUGGAAACUAUACGAAAUUUGUACCCAUAGAUGUGGAUCGAUGGCGAAAUUACACUUUUGUCACCGUGAUAAGACAAGAAAAAGAUGUUCCUUCGUCCUUGAACGUCAUAACUGACAGAAAUGGUCCUGGUGGCCCUCUUCUGGCACCGUAUCCCGAUUGGAGCUGGGCCGACGUCAACAAUUGUUCCGCCAUUAUAAGCGUUUAUCGAGUUGCGAUCGACAAGUGCGAUAGAUUGUGGGUGUUAGACACUGGUGUUAUCGGCAUCACGAAUCACGUCUGCCCUGCAAAACUCGUCGUGUUCGAUCUGCGCACAUCCCGAUUGCUAAGACGAAUCGAAAUACCGAAAGACGUCGCGACCAACUCGACUACCGAUCAGGGACUGCUCAUCACCCCGGUUGUUCAAACUUUUGGACACAAUUGCGAGAAGACUAUCGUAUAUAUAGCAGACGUGGAUGGUUACGGUUUAAUCGUUUACAAUGGCAGUUCAUUUCGACGACUGACUUCGAGCGCGUUCGACGCGGACCUUAGAUAUGAAAAUUACACGAUCGAGGGCCAAACGUUCCAGUUGACCGACGGAGUCGUUGGGAUGGCUCUAUCCCAAAUGACGGGUCUUCUUCAUUUCAAUUCCAUGACCUCUCAUAAUUUGAACGCUCUUAGAACGAAGCCGCUGCUUCGAGGCGAUGAACCGGAGUAUAUCGUGGGUGAGGAUGUUUUAUGGACUCAAGCGAGUGCCAAAGCAGCUUCGAGGACUGGGGCAAUUUUCUUUGGACUCGUGAGCGACACCUCGAUUGCCUGCAUCAGUGAACAUCGUUCGCUUGAGAGACGCAAUAUCGAGGUGAUAGCCAAGAACAGGCAAACGCUUCAGUUCACCAGCGGCCUCAAAGUGAAGGAUUCUCACAGAAGAGAAGAAUUAUUGGCAGUCACUAACAAGUAUCAAAUAGCAGCAACUGGCACUUAUAACACCAGCGACGUGAACUUCCGAAUUUUGAGAGGCAAUGUGUUUAAACUGAUAACCGGCACUCGCUGCCUACCUCCUCUUUAGUGAUAGAGACCUAAACUUUUGACCUAAAGCUGUUCUCAAUCUUUAUAUUUACAUUAAAUAUCAGAUAAAAGUUGUUUUUUGUUCACGCACAUAACGUGGUGAAAUAAUAUACAUAUUCUGAAUUCGCACGACAUUUAGCAAUUUUAUUGCCCCGGCUUCUAAAAUUUGGUUUUUGCCAGUCGCGUAUAUGCAGUGUAUAGUGAAAGAGCAAAACCAAUGACAAUGAAAAAUUGUCGAUGACUGGCCGAUAAACUGAUACAACUUUGUAAAAACGAAUAACUAAAUGUAUCUGGAAUUUUAGUGUCGUUUGACUGUAAUAUUUGACAGUCGACAAAAUGAUUA